UGUUUGGUCAGACCUCGCGUUGUUAAGGAAUGAUUCCAGUUAUUGCAGAGACUAUUAAAACAUAAAUCGAGGGAUGUGGAUUAUGAAUUUAUUUGACUCUCCGCGGAAUUUGAUUUUUGAAUUUCCUUCUCGUCGUCAAUGUUGAUGCUGCACGAGUCGAGAAUAAAAUUAAAAGAGGGUAAAAGAGCGAACCCCCGGAGGAGAGAGCAGCAAAGGGAGUGACGAUAGCGCUGAGGUCUGGGUGGAGGCUGGGAAAAAAGGGGGAUAGACACGCGGCAGUAUCCGUGAGCCAGAGACCUUCACCGAGACCCAGUUGGCGUCGACAUUGCCCCCUGUAGCAGCCCUAUACAUAUAGCUCCAGGAGGGCUUUCCACCACCUCACCGACCCGUUAGCGUUUAACUCGACGAGGAAACACACGCUCUCCGCAUCCCUGUCCUGGGUUGUGAGCGUCACCACAGCCUCAGGAUCAUAACCACUGUGAUGGUGCUACAGUCGGUGGUGAACAGAGGGGUAAGAGUUUGACGCAAGCGCCGACGCAGACGCGUAUUAUUCCCCUGAACGGUUUUACCAAUGUUCCCGAGUCCUUUCACGAGUUUCACCAGACGACGCGUCGGCCUCAGCGAGUCUAGAGGAUUCACUUUAGGAUUAUCAGGAAGGCAGUGGUUAAGAUUGUCUCUCAGCACUUGGUGCUAGCAAUUUUUUUUUUCAACCGGUGAUUUGGUAAUUCGUCAACGAGGGACAUUUGACAUUCCUUUGAUUUGACGGAAUUUUUUUUAACACCUGGCGGGCCUUCCGCGUCAUGGGAGUGGUGAAGUCAGCCUCCGAGAGCAAUUUCGAAGAGACUGUCCUGCCGAGUGAGGAGGCUAAUUUUUCCCUGCAGGGUCAUGCCGAUGAGUGGAGUGAGAGCUUCCCCUAUCAAUUGCUGAUUGGCACUGGUGUAGCACUCAUGGCACUCGUUCUUCUCGCAACUGUGAGCUUGCAGUGCUCAGCAACGUGGAAGUGGCUUCUGGGUGUCGCUAGGCAAGAGAGUGACGAUGACACCGAUGGCGAAUUGUCCCAGCAGAAUGCCAUACGCAUCAGCCAUUCGUUGCCUGAUUUGCAGUCUGAGCCGAUUACUCAUGAGUACGUGCAGGAGCAGAAAGAUAGUAAAAAGCAUGUGCUACGUCAAACAACCCUUCCAAUUGUACCAACGCGGCACCAAACUUUCCAACGUCAGCUGUCCCAUCGCCUCGAUCUACCCAAUAUUAAAUUCAGCAUCUGCAGCUUGGAGAACCGCAGUGACUCGAGCCUCGGUCUCAUCAAGCCGGAGUUGUACAAGAAGGAUUUGACGCGGCAGGAGAGUACAGAGAGUUCUAGCACUGUGGAAAUGGAAUAUGCUGGCAAACUUCACUUUGCACUCAGAUACGACAAGGAAAUUGAUGGACUUGUUGUUAAGGUUUUGGAAGCGAGGGAGUUGCCCGUGAAAGACGUAACUGGCAGUAGUGAUCCGUACGUUAAGGUCCACCUGCUCCCGGACAGGAAAAAGAAGUUUCAAACCAAGGUCCAUCGGAAGAAUUUGAAUCCCAUCUUCAACGAGACUUUCAUCUUCAUUGUUCCCUACGAUGACUUGAGGGAGCGAUAUUUGCAGUUUUCUGUGUACGACUUUGAUCGAUUCUCCCGGCACGAUUUGAUUGGGCAGGUUGUACUCAAGGGACUGUUAGACUGCACUACCUUGGAACAGGAGAUCGAAUAUACGAUGGAUAUACUCUGUGCAAUGCAGGAGAAGGUGGAUUUAGGUGAACUGAUGUUGACGCUCUGUUACCUGCCGACUGCAGGGCGUCUCACAGUGACAGUCAUCAAAGCGAGAAAUCUGAAGGCAAUGGAUAUCACAGGGUCAUCAGAUCCAUACGUGAAAAUAUACCUUUUAUGCCAGGGGAAGAGAAUAAAAAAAAAGAAAACAACUGUGAAGAAGAAUACACUGUUUCCAGUGUACAACGAAUCCCUAGUAUUUGAUGUGCCAGCUGAUAAUGUCGAAGACGUUAGUCUCAUAGUGAAAGUGAUCGAUUACGACAGGAUUGGCUCUAACGAAUUGAUGGGUUGUACGGCUGUGGGCGCUAGUUUCAUUGGAAUUGGUAGAGAUCACUGGCUUGAGAUGUUGGAUAAUCCGAGAAAACCAGUGGCACAGUGGUAUCCACUAAUGGAAAUAGUGGCUGGUCACAUUCCAACUGUGUCCUCAGAGCCACUUCCUGUCAGCCUGAGUUGCUUGAACAGUAGAUGAAGUCGGGGAGAUUGAAGCCGCUAAUUUGCGGAGCUCGCCACCAACGUUGUGUAGGUGAAACCUUCGAGGAAGUAAAAACUCGUCCCCACCUGUAAUUCUAUGCACAAGCUUGGACUGACGUUGAGAAAAUGAAAACCACAAGGCUUUCUCUCUCUUUCUCCCUCUCUCCAGAGAGAAGGAAAAAUCAUCCCCCUCAUUCCUCCCUGUCCCCUUUCCCAUUUAAUUCUCCAGAAUAGUUGGUGCCAUGCCUGGCUGACAGGCGUGGAACACUAAACGUAAAAGAUAAAAGCCUUAGACACUCGUGCAUAAUGAAAAGACGCUGAGAAUAUUACACAGGCAACUUGUGACAGCCACGUGGCCCAGAACUCCAACUAUAUUUUAAAUAAAUAACACGAGACAAUAUUAUCCAAUUUAUUGCCUCGUUAUUUGUUCGAUAAAUACUCUCGACAUGAGAUUAAAAAAUAAAAAAGGAAAUAUGAGGAAUGAAAGAGGUAAAGAUUUCAAUUUUGUGAUGAAGAGGAGCCCCUGGAGGAUGGAAAAGAUGACAAAUACAAUAUUUCUUGUACAAUCCCGUGCGCAGUAUUAUAUUAGAGAUGCAGAAAGGCCUUAUUUUUGGAAUAGAACGAACGUGAAUACAGCGAAUGAUGAAGAAAUAUUAGAACAAUACUUUGCAUCAACAUGCCAUACCAGGUGGAAUAUUACAAUUGAAAAUUCGAGAAAUAUAGAUAGAGUUAGUUAUUAGUUUUGUGUACUAUGUAGGUGUAAUUUAAAAAUAUACCAGUGAGAGGUCCUGCAAAAUAAUGAGUGUGAGAGCAAGGCAAAUACGGCGUCAAUGCUUCAACAAUUGGCAAUUUCAAGAAUAAAUAAAAAAUCUAGUGAUGUUUUCAACCUCAUUCGUAACCAGGAACUCAUCGCUGGUAUCUCCUAAACCCGUAGACCAAUAUAUUCCAUCUACGAUAUAAGAAAAAUUCAGAAAA